GGAUUUAUCCCUAUGAUGUUCUUCAAGACCUAUUGAAAUCUGUCUGCUCUUUGUGCAACAGCAGAUCGAACAGCACAAAAUCACAAUAUCACAUGUCACACAAUCUGCUUCAUGGUUUUCCCCUUUUCGGUCUAGAUUUUUUGAAAAUUGAAUCAAAUGAGUAGUGGCAAAGCGAAGAGUGUACGACCUUCUCGCAAGAUUUGAAAAUGAUGAUUUUAAACUUACUGACUUCAAUCCAGAAGCAGUAGAAAUAUAACAGGAACCAAUGCACAUACCAUCACAAUUGUUUUCCUCGCUACAACAUAAUUGUGAACAACAGUGCAUUUAUGACAUGAGCUUUAAAAUCUUGAGAUACUUGAUUGAAAAUCAGCAAGUUGGAAAACAAUUUUUGUGGAAAAUAUUUGUAAAUUUUCUACAGAAAGAUUGUGCUUUUUUCUUGCCCUUGUUGUCGGAAUGUUAAAAAGUAUUCCUCAAGCCGCUAAAAGUUCAUCACAGUGAGUUGCUUCUAUUUCACACAGUUCUACUUUUAAGCAAGGAAAUGUAUGAUAAAGCUUACCAAGAAGCUUGCAAUUUUACUGCCAGGGAAUUAUCAAUUGAAACCAGUUAUUGUGAAACUGCUAAAGCUGCUUCAUCAGCUAUACUUAUGGGAUACAAGACCAUUUUGGACUACCAGAAUAUGGAUACUGGUGAUGAUGAGAUGCUCCAUGUUAUUAAGGAGUCAUUCCAACUGCUGUUUUCAAAGAAAACCUUUGAGCCUUUGUUUGCUGAACCCUACACUUACAUUUUGAUGAAGUUGAAAUUACAAGAAGAAGCUGAAGCAUUUCUUGAGAAGUAUGUUGAAAAAGAGUUUAAAGGAAAUUUUGGAGUCUCUGGUGCCCUUCAUCCCUUGAAUAUAAUCAAGUUGCAUAUUCCAAAAGCCAGUCCAAAUCUUACCAUCUCCUUCCUUGAAAUGAUUGCAAAGAGAGAUUUUGGAAAUUCAAAGGUAUUAGACCUAUGUAAACACUACUUGCAUACUCUUAAUUCUGCGACUUGCAGUAUCUCUGACAAUGAAUCCGAUUGCGGUUCGGAUGCAGGCCCCAUUUCAUUCGCCCCUGAACCCAACGGUGUGUGAACAAAUGUCUAGAGUUGAUUAUGUGCUUUCUAGACAUUUACGUAAAACACUUACCUUCUGCUGUCAUCAAAAAAGAAUGGAGUAUUAUGACCGAAAUCCUGAAAAGGAUUUGCUUGCAAGGUCGGCUAAAACAACUUUUUUUUUUAUGUCCAUGUUAUACGAACUGAUGAUACACACUGAUACUACACCACCAAGGCAGAGGAGUACUACACCACCAAGGCAGCGGAGUACUACACCACAAAGGCAGCGGAGUACUACACCACCAAGGCAGCGGAGUACUACACCACCAAGUAUGCUGCCCAAGCCCAUUAGACCGAGGCUCUAAGAACUACUCCGUUCCCAGCUACUACAUCGAGGCUCCAGUUUAUUACACCACCACGUGGUCAAAUACUACACUGAAGCGCCCAAGUACUACUCUGCCCCGAAUUACUACACAGCGGCUGUUCCUUCGUUCUUCGUGGGACCGAAGUACUACACUGAGUCUCCAGUUUACUACACUACAACUUACGCUGCACCUAGCUACACCUAGCCAAUACACCAAGGCCCCCAAGUAAUACAUCGACGAGGCCGCAAGUUGAACUACAACCCACGUUGCCCUCAGCUACCAUACCGAGGCUCGCUCCCAAACCGACGCUUCCAAGUACUACACAACCAAGGCACCCGAGCUACUACUUAGGCUGCUCCGACCUACUGCACCGAAGCUGCGAAGUAUUCCACUGCCCCGAGUUACUACACCACCAAGGCACCUGAAUGUUACAUCACAACCUUCGCUUCUCCAGUUUACUACAGGGAGGCUCUUAAAUACCAGAGCCGAAAUGUCUGAUUUAUUUAUUUGUGUUUGUCGGUCAUAUCUUAAUAGUUACUAUAGUAACUGGGAAUAGUUGUUGAUCUUAAAUGAGAAAAUAAAUGUUUUAAUGGUAACCAUCUUCUGCGACAUCUCCUAAAACACCUUCAAGCCU